UUAGAAACCAGUUUCAGUGUGUUCGCUGUAAAGCGCUUCUCGAGUGCUGCAUAAAGAAACGCGGGGACUAGCAAAUUAAAUCGACUCCAUCUGGUGGACAGAAGUGUAAUUGAAGAUGAUAGGCUGGAGAAGAUGGAGGAAGUUAGUGAUGCAAGCCAGCACAUUUCAGAUGAUAUUAUUUGCUAUAUUACUCCAUUCGUUGAUAUCCAUAUUCAUUAUAUAUACUCAUUUGAUAUCCUACAUAACAGAUGAUGAGAAUUGGAAAAUCAAUGAAAAACAGCAAAGAAAUUUGCCUAGAGUGAUAUGGAACAGGAAAUCGGCAAUGAACCUGUUAUCAAGCGAUGUAACACCUCAGCACGAGAUCUCCCUUCAUGGGUGGUGGAUGGAUCACGCCAAAUGGGACGUCGACGUGCAAUGCUUCAAUCAGAAGUGGAGCCUCUGCUCAAAAGUGUUAAGUACCAAAUGUAAGAGCGACGGAGUGCGCGCCGUCUAUCAGUAUCUUCCAAUUCGUGAACAAAGUCUGUUACGGAUUAUAGACAUUAAUGUUCGCGCUUCCUUUGAUGAAUUAGAACCUCAGACAAGUGGAGCAACAUUUGGUGCCUUUGUUCUCAUAAAAUUAUCGGAUGAAAGUUCUGAUGUAGUCAGGAUUCAAUUCUUGCCCAAUAUAAAACCGCAAACUCUACACAGUGCAAAUUACAAAACUCCAGAAAACAAAACCAUUGCAAGCAUCACCGUCAUGCUAACAUGUUAUGGCUUCUCGGGUACUGUCCACUUUACGGAUGUCAGCAUUCUUCCUCAACACGAAACUCAUCAGAAGUUAUGGAAUUCCGCCGAGCAGCUUAUACAGAAAUGCCCUCAUCGAGUUUCUUCUAGAAAACUGCAGAAUUGGGUUUUUAAGGAAGAAUCGUUAUGGAAAGCUAAUAAACAAGACAUCAAAACUAACGACGUGACGGAUUUAGUGACUCUGGUGACUCAAAUUUCCAUGGACAGAAUAUCUAUUCUGGAAAGAAGUCUCACUCAGUGGAAUGGUCCGAUUUCGCUAGUCGUGUACAUUCCUUUGAAAGGAACCACUAAAGAAGACGUCGAAUGGCAAAGACUUUACAUCCAGAAAAAGCUAAAGAGUUUGAACUUGGGAACAAAAUGCUCUGUAACACUGGUCUAUGGUCAAAGCAAUGACGGAGACUACCCCAUCAAUCUGCUGAGAAACAUUGCUAUAAAACAAACAGAAACUAAAUUUCUCCUCCUGCUCGAUGCGGACUUCCAACCCUCCCCGAAUUUCCAACAGCACUUUGCAUCGGUGAUUAAACACCUGCGCACGAAUCCGAAGACUGCUUUUGUAGUGCCUGCCUUCGAAUAUAUUGAACUACCUCAGAAACGAGACAAUGUUCCACAAACAAAAGAAGAAUUACUUCAGCUGCUUCACAGAGAAGAUCCCUUUAUACUUCCUUUUAGAUUAUCCGAGUCGGCAGAAUCUCACCGACUCACAGACUACUGGAAGUGGUACAGGGCGGAUAGAAUUUAUCAAGUGCAUGGCUACAGUGAUAAAUACGAACCGUAUCUAGUUGUGCAAAAUUCUGCUCACUUACCUCUGUACGACGAGCGUUUCACCGGUUAUGGUAUGAAUAAAGUGACACACUGUACAGAACUAUUUGCAUCUGGGUUUGUGUUUUAUGUUCUUUCCGAUGCAUGGGUGAUUCAUCUUCCUCACAAAGCAUCUUCAUAUUCAUUAGAAUUUCUUCAGAAUCCAUAUCAGCGACUGAGAAAUCGUAUGGAGCGGUUUGAAUUUAUAGCAACCAUCAUGAGGAAGCACAGACUAGGAAAAUGUAAACUUAAAUAAGAAAAUAAAAUGUUUUAAUUACUAAAA